GUCUGACGAACCCAUUCAGUGCUUCUCACGGCACGGGGGCACAUGGUGCGGUCGCGGGCCGCAAACGGUCUCUCCGCGAAUGGUGCAUGCACGCGAGCCGCGCGACCAAGGAGUGCAACGAGUUCCGAAAGAUAAGCCCCAUCGAGGAGGUCGAAGGAUAAAGUGGACGGACGAGAGUUGAGCGGUUCAGUGAGAAGAGUAACAUUAAAUUGUAAAAAAAUAGGAGACGAAAAGACAUUGAAAGCGUGUUAUUUAAUUUUUUGAAAGGAUUAAGCUUGUCAACGAGAUCAAAGAGAUAUGCCGAAGUACACGUUGUAAAGUGCAAUAAUAUAUAAAAAAUUACAACAAAAUUUAUAGAAAACCGGAAAAUUAAAAAAAAAGUGAGAUUAUACUGUAGUAAAAUAGAAAUAGUAACAAAAUGAGACAAAGAGACUAAACGAGCAGGUGUCGCGCAAGAUAAGUGUGCGUCAUUCUUUUUAAUAAAAUUCUGAUCUGAAGAUAGCAAAGGCGGAAAAAAGCAGCGCAUAUUCGGGAGAGAAGACGCGGGAGGAGAAACUGCGCCGCGGCGAUCCUCGUGCGAGCGCAGUCCGCGCGCACUUUCGGAGAGAGAGAGAUUCGGCGCGUGUCCGGCGCGAUGUGAAAAGCCAGCCGGUUCCGUGCUAAUUAUGACAGCGCGCGAUGCGCGUGAAACGUUCUUGUCGAUAAAGUUCUGCAAGGCCCCCGUGCCCGAGAGUCCCGUCGAUUCCGUGCUCUCUUCUUCCGGCCGCGCGUGCUGAAAGUCCUUAAAUAGUGCUAUCGCGUAUCCAAACGUCCGAGCCCAGGGAGAUAAGAGAAGAGGAAGAGAACUGCAGUCGCGCGCGGCGAAGCGCGAUCCGCGUUCCCGGAGGCCGAGCCAGCGAAAAUUGGCGACUCACGAUCUUAGGAUCGCUCGGCUGUCGUGAAGAUCUAACGAGAGAGAGAGACCGGCGGCCGCGACCGCGAGUUACAGCUAGCAGGAUUUUCCCGUUAUCGAAGAAUCAACGCGGAAAACGAAGAGAAAAAGGGGCGAUUCGUCCGACGAGAUUUUGUGAAUCUCACGGUUUCCUGGAGCUAAUCUCACGAGCCGAAUCGCACGCAUAAAUAAAAUAGAUAAACAACAAUCUUUUUGGAUAAUCUUCACUCUUACCGGUGACGAAAAGAAACGAUUAAAAUAGACGAGGAAAAGAUGGUGUAUCGAGGCAGUUUGCAGACGGACGAUCCCAGGGAUGCACCGAGAUUGGUUCGGGUGUCUCCUCUACGCAGCAGCAGAUCCGCCAAUCCCAGCCCGAAUUCGCGGGUUGUCACGUCCGUCAAGGGCCCGAAUUACAACAACUCGUUCGUGACGCCGAUUGACGCCAGUCGGGCGCGUAUAAUCGAGGAGAGGCGAUUAGGACGGGAGCGGGAUAUCGAGUCGGUCGAGAAGGUAAUCAUGAGGACUACCGGCAUGAAGAUCGGCGCACCCAAGCUGCGCAACAUCAGUCAGAUCCGCGAGACUGUCUUCUUGGAUCAAUCGCUCACGCCGAUCGACAAGAUCGGCAAAUCAGACUCGAAGAAUCGACCGCGUAGCGUUGCUACGGGUCUCGAGGAUGGCAGCGUCAGGAUAUCGAGGACUCAUAACUCUCUGCUGGCGGACCUGAAGGAUUUGGAGAGGCUGAGGAACACUCCACCAACGCAACGGAAUCAUAGAGGUCCUUCACAGAGACCGGAAUUACUGCUGUCAAUCUCGAACAAGAGGAAUGACGCGCCGACCUCGGCCAAAAUCCGAUCAGAUAUCUUUAAGAUCCAGCAGAUGUUCCACCAGCAGAUGUUCCACUCAACGGAUUCUUCGUCCAGGACAACAAGCAAGAACAGCAAUGACAGAAAGCUCAAGAGCGAUUCGGAGAGAGAGCCAAAGAAACCAGGCACAGAGAUCAAUAGAACCCGGUUGCUGGCGCAGAAACUUUUAGAGGCGUCCAGAAGUAAUCGGGAGUCGUUGAAGGAUCGAUACAACAAUCCGAAGAACGUGUCUAACAAGAUGUCGAGUAAGAACGGAAAAGCGUCGAAUAAAAUUCUCCAAGAGAUUCCGGAGAAAACUCUAAGAGGCAAGCAAAAGCAGAAGGAAGAAGCGAAUUCGGAGGAUCAUCCGCGUCCUCCCGCUCGCAGAAGAAGAAACUCAAAGAAUUGGGGUUGGAAGGACACAGGUUACUCCACGGAUGGAAGUAACCCGCGCUACGAGUCGGAGAGCCGAGAUGAUCGUGAUUUUGAUCGCAGGGAGGACUUGUCGAACGGAGGAGCAAGUGCGGAAGAGAAUUCUAAAGCAACUUCUAAUCUGGAAAGACCGGAUAUUCUGGAUGGACUCUUGAGAGAGUCCGAUCAACAGCUGGCAAACCUGAAGAGCGAUCUUGGCGAGAGGGAACGCUCACGCAGUCACUGGCGAGGAUUCGUGCAAUCUAUGAGACUACACGACGUGGAGCUUCAUUCUGAUAGCGAAGACCAGCGGAAAGACCUGAACCUGUGGAAUAAGAGUAUCAGUCAGCGCUGGCGGAAGCUGCGGCGAAGAUGCUCCGUGCAGGAGUCGUCGGAACCGCAGGAGGCGCUGAUACAGGGUGGCGGGACUCACGGUGUCAUACACGCGGUGAGAUCAACGCCGGCAAGCAGAGAAGCCUCGCCGGCCGCGAAGAGUCUUCAAGGCGAUGGUAACUCGCCGAAGAAACUGCUGCAAACUAGUUCUCUGAGGUUGCCAGGCACGACGAAGGGCAUCGCCGAUAUCCAGCACGUGCUUCGUAGUAAGUUCAGCAAGAUAAACGCUGGCAUCAGGAAGCGAAAAGCACUAAGCGUGACAGAAGUGUUCCCCCCGCAAAAAGACAAUGCCUCGAAUUUCUACGUGCCGAGUCCACUCACCUCGUCUUCCAGCCAGCCUUUCGAGGACGGUCGUUACGAUUCGAGUGAGCCCACGUCUCUGCCACCGUACCCCUAUCACGAUAACUUGGAGACCCUGGCGGAGAGCAGCAUUCCGAACUCACCCCAUUGCAACGGCAAUAGCUUCGCUUACUCCCAGGACGGCUACGAGCAGAAAGACCUCUACGAGAAUGUGAUGUUCCCGAGGUCCUCGCCGUCUUCCUGUUCAAGAACUCGGCCUCCUCUCCAACGCAGCAAUUCGGAAAAUCGCGAGGCCAGUGUGCACGAUCACUGUUACGAGAACGUGCGCUUUCAACGAGCCGGUGCUCAACGAGACGAUCUAGCUUCGGGAAGCCCGUACGCGGGUAGACACUUGGCCAGGAGCAACUCCGAGACCAGGGACCACUCGUACGAGAACGUACAAUUCCUGAAUGCGAAGAUUAGGAACCAGUCGGAGCCGUCGUUCGAGGAGAUACACAUACCCAGAGUGACGCCCAGAAAGAGAUCCAUCGACUUUAAGGUCGGCGGACAGGUGAAUAAUUAUUCAGGCGAAGCCACGUUGAGCUCCGGUAGUGGUAACAAGGAAGAUGCGCCGGUCAGUCUGGGUACGGAGAGAAGUUCUAGCAAGAGAAACCCGAGGAGGCUUAAUAGCAGAAGCGUAGCGAAUAUUCCUAGCUCUUCAGGCGCAAACUUGAAGACUUGGCAAGGUACUCAAGACGCCGACGAAGGUUUGAACACGGACUCAGAGCUCGAGGACAUUGAUGAGGCAGCCGAGGGAGAAGAAUCGCGUUUUUGUACCUUGCCAAGACCUACUAAGAGUGGCGCAUCCUUUACGAUACUGACAGCCAGAUUUCUCAAGGGUCCUGGGCACAAGGGACUCGGCUUCAGUAUCGUCGGCGGUACCGACAGUCCUCGCGGAAAUAUGGGGAUCUAUGUGAAAACCGUAUUUCCUAAUGGCCAAGCUGCUGACUUAGGCACUGUUAAAGAAGGGGACGAAAUUUUGUCAAUAAAUUCGAAACCUCUUCACGGUAUGACUCACGCCGAAGCGAUCGCUGAAUUUAAAUCCGUGAAGGCCGGGGAUGUUGUCCUACAUGUGGGACGUCGAAUAAACAAGAAGAAGAAAGAAACUUUAACCCUGGCACCGGUUAAUACCUCCGUCCCGAGGCAACCAGUCACGUGAAUUUGUGUAAAAAAACGUCGCAAUGAUUCCGUUGCUGAAGUUUUACGAAUCUUUCACCCUUUGAAGAACAUUUAUAAUGUAGCAAUAUCGAUCAUUAUUGCUGGCAAUAAUACGCGAAAAGUUGUGACAAACUGUGGCGUGAUUUACCUUCUUAAGCUUUGUGAAACAAAAUUGCAUCAAACUUGUAUCUUAGAUUUUAAUGUUGUAUCUCGCUUUCGUUUUAUUUCGCUAAAAGCGAGGUAAAGUUGUGUAAGCGCAAAAUUUCGUACAUGGACGAUUUAUGUGGAUUAUAGAGUCGAUAAAUUCUUUUAACAAGUAUUUGAAGUAAGUACUAUAUGUUUUUAAAUGCUUUCUUAUAGCAUUUUUUUACAUUUUUCUUUUUUUUUUGCUAUUUCAGAUACGAAAAUUGAACAGAAAAUUGCAACCAAAUCCGACUACUUUUCUAUAUAAUUCAAUUAUAUAUUUAUUGGAAGAAAUGCAGCUAAAAAAAAAAAUGCAAAGUAAUGUUUGUCUCAUGAAUAAGAAUGAUAUUUAAAGGCGAAAUGAUAAAUUUAUUUGCACGUAUUUUCAACUACAAUAAAUUUUGACAAAUUUAUAAAAAUUUUUCACCCACGUUUAUACAUAUCUGAAAUUAAAAACUUAGAUGAGGAAAACGGAAUGCUCUUACAAUUGCGAGAUUUUCGUUUUACCUUUUCGAUAUAUGUAUAAGGAUGAUAAAAAAAAAAAGAUUAGAUGCUCUUUAUUAAUAUAUCUACAUGUGAAAAGGGCGAGUUGGGAAAAACAAAGUCUCACUUUCACUUGACAAACAUAAUCAAAUGGUGAGGCAAAUGCUGUCGAAUCAAAACGCGUUUUAAUUGUACGAUCAAUCUACUCGGUAUAUUAAGCAUUAAUAUUUAUCGAUAAACUCAUAAUCAUUGUCUAACGUUAUCUAUUAGGAACAUCGAUAUAAUGAAGGAUCAUUGAAGCUUUCGAUUAAAUCGCAUCUUCUCAUGUUUACUUAUACAUAAAGAUGGAAAAUAGAUGAAUUAAAUGUACCGAGACAAAUUCGGCUGCUAACGAAACACAAUACAACGCAACGAAGUCCUCCAAUUAGCAAUUAACAGACGAUUUAUUUUUGUAAAGCGAACAAAAACGUUUCGCGAUUUUUGUACAGUUAAUGACGAACGAAGCGAUGUUUAUUAAUGUGUGUAUGCCGAAUCAACGAAGUGAACGGAAUCGAACGUGUGUCAAUUGCACGAUGGAGAUUAUCUCUAAUGAGUCAAGUAAUACAUCUAAUGAAAUCGUAAAAAUCUGACUUCCAAGGGAAAUGCAGGACUAAUUAAAAGUGACAAAAGAACAAUUAAAUUUUUGCUGAAUGUUUUAUCAAAUAACCAAGAACAACAGUAAUAAAGUAACUUUUUUUUAUAUCCAAUUGUUAUAUCAGUUUUUUGUUAUUACAAUAACAAAAAAAUAAUUUUAUAAUACUAAUAAUAAUUUUACAAUAAUUCAGUAUGCUUAAUGAAAUCUUGCCUUUUGUCAUUUUUAUCUAUUCUGAAAUUUUCUUUACGCAGGCCCGUGCAAUUAGGCAUACGACAGGAAACCCAAAGCCCGAACUUUAUUGCAGAGUUAGAGAAGGAAUUAUUUUUUAACUGUAGACUAACGAAGAUCGUCCAAAGAUGAAGCCCAAAAAAUAUUUUUACUACAAAGGCGAAAACAUUGCAUAGAGAAAGCGCAUAUCUAUAUAUUAUACAUAUAGUAUAUAUAUAUUUUGAUCGAGCAAGAGACGAGUUUACUUUAAAAGGGAAGUAACAUUAUUAGUAUCUAGUCGAUUUGUAAUAUUUUCGUUUUUGAGAGCCCAUUCUAUAGUCACAAUGAGAGAAAAACGAGAGAAGAAAUUUUUUAUACAUACAUAUAGCUAUAUACAUGGUGAUAAACACACAUGAUUAUAUAUUUCUUAUAUCGAUUUUUCAAGGUGUAAUAAAUUGUAUAAUCGAUCGGUAGAUUAAUGAUUAGAAUUUAGGACCGCCGCGCUAAUUCGACAAAGGUAAUGUACGCUCCGCACAAUAAAACAUUUUUAAAUUAAA